AUGAUGAUGAUGCCCCCUUACCAACCUCUAGUAGCAGGUUCCACACCUACUGAGAACACUUCGCAUCUAUCUACGACUUAUUGUUCAGCAGGGGCUGGUAGUGAUUUCUUUGGUAAAUACCAGAAACAUCGUACUAUUGAAAUGGAGAGAUUACGUAAGAUGGAUGAGGAUUGGGAUAAGAUGCAAAAGGAUAUGGAAUAUCAUCGUAAAAGGGAGGAGAAUAUUAAAAAGGAUAUUGAGAAAACUGAGAAAAGGCGUGCUAAGAGGAAUAAAAGAAAAGAGAAUAAGAGACUUAAUAAUAAGAAGAAGAGUAUAACAACAACAACGUCUAAGGAUACUAUUACUACUCUACCUUAG